UCCACGUCAAUCUCUUUGGUAACCACGCACAACUUGCACUAGAUGUCUCUUUCGAUGCGCAUGUGCUUCUACUAGCUUUCACUUGCCAAAUAUACGGUCACUCGACUCGAAUCACGCGAAAAUGGGUGAUGCUGGGGGUUCGUCUGGCAUCUUUGCUGAAUGUCUGAUUGCCUUCGUGCCGAGCACGGCGCUGACUCCGAAACUAAUCGGCGAGCUUUCGAGUAUUUCUGGAGAGAAUGGCGCUACCAUCUGCGAGCCUCGACGCGACGGCUCGAUUCCGAUCGAAAAGGUCACUCACAUCGUCUCCAACACGAUCGACUUCCCACAGUACACCGAGUCGCAGGCGGUAAUGAUCCCGGUUACGACAGCGCAGUGGAUCAUGACUUCAAUCUCCCGCCGCAAGCAGGCCCAAGUUCGGCCGUUCUCGCCCGAUCCCAGAAUGAUCUUCUCCGACGUGGUGGUAACGUGCGCCGAUCUGCCUGAGGGCGACAAGGAGAGCAUCGCCGGCGCUACGAUGGCUCUUGGUGGGCAGGAGUCAAAGGACGCGACGCGGUUGACAACACAUAUUUGCGCCUUGUCGAUGGAUCAUCCCAAGGUUAAGAGUUCCAGAGACAGGGGAUGGAAGGGAAAAGUCGUUUUGCCACAUUGGUUCGAUGAUUGCUUCAAGUUGGGUAAACGGAUCGACGAGGGACCCUAUCUCCUGCCUGACCCGGAGAUUCUUAAAAAGUUACCAGAAGACGACCUUGCGAUCCCGGAGAAUUCGAAUCUCGACGGUGCCACAUCAACUUCUCCAACCUACUUGCCGUUGCCGCCAGACGGAGAUGUUGUUCGCCCUCCGGUCACAGUCUUUCAGGACAGAAAGGUCAUGCUCUCCUCUGAUAUGAGUAUCAGCCCCCGACUGAACAAGGUCAUCCAAGAUAUCAUCGUCAACGGCGGCGGUAGGCUUGUUGAGCACGUGGAUGGCAGUGAUAUGUUCAUUUGUCAGUAUCGGGAUGGUCCCCAAUACGUCCAGGCUGCUCAGUCAUGCAAAGAUGUUGGAAACUUGGCCUGGUUGUUCUACCUCAUCGUCCACAAUGAAUGGACCUCCCCCCUCCGCCGUCUCCUGCACUACCCCGUUCCUAAGAAUGGUAUCGAAGGCUUCAAGGGCUUGCGGAUCACGGUGUCCAACUACGGCGGAGAAGCUCGAAUCUACCUCGAAAACCUUAUUAGGGCGAGCGGUGCUGAAUUCACCAAGACGAUGAAGGCGGACAACACGCAUCUUAUCACCGCACGCAAUUCUAGUGAGAAAUGCAAGGCUGCUCCUGAGUGGGGCGUCUCUGUCAUUAACCAUCUGUGGAUCGAGGAGAGCUAUGCAAAGUGCGAGAUGAAGCCAAUGACGAUAGGAAAGUACAACCACUUUCCUCCCCGAACCAACCUAGGCGAGAUUAUCGGUCAGACCUUCUUUGACGAAUCCAGGUUGCGAGAGAUGUACUACCCUGGCGGCGAGGAGACCAUGUCUCCUCGGGCUAAAAGGAAGCGAAAGAUUCUCGAAGCAGCCGAGGACAAUGCCUACCAACACGGCCCGGCGGAGGGUGUUGUCAUUGGUCGGGAGGACCGAGACAGGGAUGUGGACGACCUUCAACAAGGUGAAGCAGCGACCAAGAGCACCGCCAAGAAGACAACCACCAAGACUUUGGGUAUUGUGGCAACUCCGAUCCGAACUCGCCCUGCCCGAUCAGGAAAAGAGAAUGAAACGCCUUCCAUGGUAUCAACAGGCGGGCGCAGCGCAAAGGCCAAAGCGAGAGAUUUACUCCAAACCAUCGCUCCCGACAUUGCGUUGUAUGAAAAGGAGAAGAAAAGACACAGCAAGGGAGCCAAUGUGCCCUGGGGCGGGAAACGUGCGGCAGACCAGGUUGACAAGACCCCCAAAACCAAGCCAGGCACAAGCCCGGAAGUCGAAGAUGAUAGCGCGGACGAAAAGCGGCCUACUAAGAAGGCCCGGCCGUCGCUGCCUGACAUCGAAACUCGGAUCAUUCUCACUGGGUUUGGUCGGUGGGUUGGAGACAAGCACAAGGAGGACCAGGACCGGAGAAAACUGCGUGAUCUUGGCGUUCAGAUUGUCCAGGAAGGGCAACCUUGCGACUACCUGGCAGCUCCCCAUGUGGUCCGCACAGUCAAGUUUCUAUGUGCCCUUGCUCGAGGACCCACGGUCAUCUCAUCUACCUACAUUGAUAAGAUUCUGGAGACGGGCAAGGUUCCCGACGUGGACGAGUUCAUCCUCCACGAUAAGGAAACAGAGAAACGGUAUAGCUUCAGCCUCGAAAAGUCGGUAGCACGUGCCAAAUCGAACCGCGGCAAGCUCCUCCUCGGCGUUCCCAUCUACUGCACCGAGAAGAUCCGCAACGGGCCGGAUAGCUACAAGGCCAUCGCAGAGGCGAACAGUGCUAUUUUCAUGAUCUACCGAGCGCGAAGCGGAACGACAAUCCGACCCACGACGGCGGAAGAGGACGGCAACGCGCCGCCUGAGCCCGUCUAUCUUCUUAGCAGCAAUACCCCGGAGGAGAAGGCCUUGUGGGAACGCUUCCAGGACAUGGCACGGAAGGGCAACAUGGAGCCGAGGGUGGUGGCGCCCGACUGGCUGCUGGAUGUGGCGAUGGCACAGCAGGUACGGUUCGACAAGAAGUUCCUAGUGGAUCACUUUUAUAAGGCCUAGGAAGGGCAUGUGGCAUAAUGUAAUGACGGAGUUUGGUGCAGGAUAGGUAGCAUCGCUGGUCCUCGUACCGGUUGUCGGUUUUGGUUUCGUCCGCCUGGCUCUAUUUGGCUGAGGGGUGGCGCAGUUGUAUGUAGUUGUGGC